UGGGAAGACGUCUAUCUCUCUGCUGCAGGACCUAGAUGGCGUGAGGAGGCUGCCCAACCAGUCUGGUCAGAACGGCUGCAGGAGUUCGUGCAGGUCGGCUUUGCGAGUUGGGGACUUCCUGUGCAGCGCUGGCGUGAAGAACGGGAACGAUGGCAGUCGAGACCUGCUCAGCAACCGUGCCCCGGCAGCGAAAGCCCUAGAUACUGCGCCGGAUGUCGUUGCAUCCCUACCGAUGCGGAUGCGGGUGCAGAUCGAGGGAGACAGCAAAACCACGGUCGAGUGGCUCAACGGGCGGUGGGACAUGCAGAACUCACGGCUGGCGCCGGCAUUAGCUCGAGCGCGCCGUAGUUUGUACGUGGCUUGGGGGACGGGCAGAGUGACCGUCGCACCGGACGGGGCAGAUUGGGCUCGGCACAUCUACCGGGAGUACAACAAG